AUGCAACAAGGAUACUUUGAGAUUGACAAUCCUAGUGCUUCUGUGUUAGGGCGAGAGUGUUGCAAUUCUACCCCUUUUUCCGUCAAGGAUAUCUUGAAUCUCGUUGACCAAAACGAUGAUCACUAUUUAGGGUGUCACAUAGAAAGUGUUUCUCACCAGAACUUCAUGGAUUGCGAUUCCGUUGCGUACAUCGACAGUUUCCCUCCAGCGAUUCCUCACGGUUUCCUGCCCCAUCAGACUUAUCAUCCACCAGCAUAUUCCGCCAAUUUCUACGAUUAUGCGCCUCAUCAGAACAUAUAUCCCAGCUACCCGCCGACCUCCAACAGCCUCAUGUGCAGCAAUUCCCUCUCGGGCACGCCGCCUGUGCUCCAGAGCAUGGAAUCCGUGAAGAAUUCCGCGCAAUUUCGCAGCAACUCCACCGCCUCCGACACUCCGUUCGGCAGCGAGCCCGAGAGCAGAUCCCUGAAGGCCCUGGAUGAAUACGAGCUCCAAUCUUUUUCAGCGUCUUCACAGCAAUCCGUGGUGACGUCCGAACAUGUGCAGGAGUUGGACAGCAUGUGCCAUCUCAGUGAGAACAAAGAGGACGUUGUUCAAUCGAAGGAUUGCACCAGUCUGGUGACAUCGUCGCGAUGCGAGCUGCGGAAGAAUGGGAAGGUGCGCGCCAAGCGGAAGCCGCGGGUUCUCUUCUCGCAGUCGCAAGUGUUGGAGUUGGAGCGGCGCUUCCGGCUGCAGAGGUACCUUUCGGCGCCAGAGAGGGAGGUGCUGGCGCAGUCGCUGAGUCUCACGCCGACUCAGGUGAAGAUAUGGUUCCAGAACAGGCGGUACAAGUGCAAGAGACUCACCAUUGAAGGUGGGGCGUCGCUCACGGUGGUGAAGAGCGAAUCGAAGGGCGAUGGCGCUGAGAAAGGCGAAUCCACCGCCUCGAAGACCAUCCACUGCGGCCAGGCGCUGAGCAAGGAGCUGAGCAUGCUGCCCAAGACCUCCUCCAGCUACGCCAACAACCUCCCGCCGCCGCCGUAUCCGGCCUACACUUUCAACCACUUCGACCACCAGUUCAGCCCCAUGAGCCACUCGCACUCCUACUCUGGCCCUGCCUUCGACCAGAAGCACCACUACUGGAACUGAACGCUCCUUCGCCAGGCGCCCCGCUUUGAAUACACUAGAGAAUGUGACGGACAAUG